UAUAUUCUUGAUUUCUUUGUUCUUGGCAGUUGAUGUUGAUGAGUUGGAGGUUUUCUCUCAAAGAGAAAUGACAGAUCAGAGUUCUCCUGCUUCAAGGCUUGUUCGUGCUUGUCAAGACUUGUUAUCGAUGAUCUGCUCCUCAUCAUCCUUCGGCAGACCACCAGAAGAUGAUUUUGCUGUGUGUUGGCCUUCCGCUACUCUCUUCAAAAGAAAUACAGAAAUCGGUUUUUAUGAUUUUCCUUGGGAAGAUUCUAAAACCUGCGUUGAGACUCGCAAGGUUAUAAUGAUAGAAGAUGAGAAAAUUGAAGAUUCAAUGGCGUCUCUGGAAACAACAGAAAAUGCUGAAGCUUUAAGAGGCAAAGACACGGUUGAACGGAAAAAUCGUCAGAGCAACUUUCGAUUUCAGAAUGUAGUUACGAAGCUGGAUCACAAGCCAUCCCCUCCAGGAUCUUUUGGCAGCUGUGAGUUACGAAACAGAAGCGCUCAUUUGCUGUUACUGAUGUCGACUUGUUCAGCAGCAAUGAGCCUUCUCGGAGCAUUUCAGCUGCCGAACUUGCUUCCUGUCAAAGUCUCAAGUAAUCAUUCCGGCGGAAUGUUCCGCCUGCUCCUUUUCUUUAACUCCACCAUCUUCUUCGCAUCAAUGGCCUUGAUCGCAAUCCUCAUGCACAAACUUCCAAUCCUUCCAUGGCUACUAAUCUCAGCGUCUUCUACAAUUGGAGCUUACAUGUCAUUGAAUCUUCUCCAGUGGGUUUGCUCCAGAAUCCAUAUAAUAUAGAAAUCUAUUGCCAUAACUCCACAAACUGCGUCUGCUAAUAAAUCUUAAUUACAGAAAAAAAAAA